CGCUCUUGCGAUUUCAUACGAAUUUUCGAUUUGUUAUCAGUAGGUGCACUUUAUGUCUGAGAAAGCAGCCAAGCUUAGUUCGUGGCACUUUUAAAAGGUCUUUGAUCUGAAAAAAAUUCACAGAAACGUUUCAAUCAGUAUAUUAAGUUUUUUAAAUCGCGGGAAAUUGUCUUUAUAGUUGAAAUCGUCGAAAUCAACAUGGCAGACGAUUGGGAAGAUGGCAGCUCCACAACAGUAAGUAGGACGAUGUGUCUAUUUAAAUCUUUCUGGAUACUGGAAUGUGAUGUGAUAUGUUUUCUUGCGUAGACUUCAUUUGGUGGUGGAUUUGGGGCAAGCAAAGGACGAGGCUUUGGUACCUGGAGUAGUAAUGACAAUUCGGUCGAUGAAGCUCCCAGACGAAAGGGCUUCGGAAGAGGAGGUUUUGGCUCUGCAAAUACAGACAGUACAUUGACAAAUGGCUUCGAAAGCGGCAAUCAGGGUGCUUUUGGUGGAGGUAGAGGCUUUGGUCGUGGUGGCGGUGGCAGUGACAGUGAGAAGCCAGCAGCACGUGGUUUUGGCAGUAGUGGAGGGGGAUUUGGUAACAGAGCCGGUGGAUUUGGCCGCAGUGGUGGUGGCUUUGAUGGUGGAACUGAUGAUGAACCUCGAGAAAACGGAGGAGGCUUUGGUUCAAAGAAGCGUGGUGGCUUUGGUGGCAGUGGUUUUGGAGGAGGAGGAGGAGGAGGGGGUGGAUUUUCAGGAGGUGAUGAUGGAGAAGAUGGUGGUGGGAGAGGUGGUGGAUUUGGUAGCAGUAGUGGUAACAGGAAGGGAGGUGGUGGAUGGCACACUGGCAGGGAAGAAGGGCACUUUGCAAAAGAAUACCCAAGCAGGGAAAGUGGUGGUGGAGGUGGAAGAGGGUGUCAUAGUUGUGGUGAAGAAGGGCAUUUUGCUCGAGAGUGUCCAAAUAAAGAGCAAGAUGAAAGUGAGUACAUUUUUAAAUGGCUAAAAAUCAAAGAAAAGCUCAGGACUCUGUACACCGAAAGCAUGAUGUUCCUUCCAAGUUUGCUGUUGUAUCAAUUUAAUCCCUUAACUCCCAGAUCAAAUUUGUCUUUCUCCUUAUUGUCAACCAUACAAUUCUCAUAAUGUUAGGUCAGAGAAUUUAGUAUUGGAUCAACUAAUUAUCCCCAAAUUGACAUUUUUCUUUAUUCUCAUCCCCUAUCUGGUUGAUAUUGUAUUGAUAUUAAAAAGAGAAUUUCUGUCUCCGUCACUUAUGGGAGUUAAAGGGUUAAGUGACUACAUUUUCACUCAUGAAAAAGCCUAAUGUCCAAAUAGUAGAUGAAAUCAGAAGUAGUUCUUUUUUGAAGUAACAGAUGUAAAGCCAGAAAAUUGGGUAAAUGACCAAGGAAUUUAAGUAGAUUGAUGUAAGUAGCAAUUUAAAAAAAUUCAGAUUUAGGGAGAUCUUAUUAAUUUCAUGUUUAAAAAUCAAUUUUGCCAUGAGGCUUUUGUUCGAUUAGACUGAUUUGGUAUUCAAAGGGGUUUUUUUUGUUUUGUUGUUGCUUUGGGUAUCUUUCUCAAUAUAAGUUACAAAAAAUUUGUUUAAAAGUUAUCUUUUCUCUCCCAAGCAACAAAAACUAGAGGUUUGUUUUUUCCAUUUGUUUUAAAAUGAUGCUAUUAUGUUUUUUAACAGACAAACCAGGUCCUGUGACAUAUGUUCCCCCAGAUCCAUCUGAGAAGGAGGAGGAGAUGUUCCGUUCCAUUGAGAGAGGCAUCAACUUUGACAAGUACGAUGAGAUCCCAGUUGAGGUUACAGGAAAAGGAAAAGAGACCAUAACACCGAUUCAAAGCUUUCAGGAGGCUAAUCUGAGAGAAUCUUUGUUAUUAAAUGUCCAAAAAGCAAAGUACACUAAGCCCACCCCUGUGCAAAAGUAUGCUAUACCCACAAUCCUUGCAGGAAGAGAUGUCAUGGCUUGUGCUCAAACAGGAUCCGGAAAGACGGUAAACAUGAUCCUUUAACAAACAUCAGUAUAUUCAUCCGUAUCAGUACAAAUAGCAAAUGUCAGGAUGCAUUUCCUCCACUCUAUUCCCAAUUCAUUUUCAAUAGGUAUGGAAAGCACAUGAUGUGACCUUCCUUGGAGAUAAAUGCCUUUAGUUUCACCAAGAAAGCUUUAUUGUUGUCAAACUUUGGGGAUGAUGAACCAUUGCACUGUGAAUGCUUGGUGCUGAUGAUGUCUAAUGCAUCUUGAAAAACUUGGCUUAAAAAUUCUUAGGUGGCUAAUGGUAAACUUAAGUUGUUCCAAUUUAUACUUGAAUUAGUCAUCCUAUGGAUGUGUCUUUUUUAUAUUGCUGGUUGUUAUCAAAUGAUUUCCCUCGCAUGAUAGGAAAUUCUGCAGCAUUGUAUUUUCUUUUUUUCUUGUGUAUAUUCCUUCCAAUGAGCUCCUACACUUGUAAUUCUUAAAAAUCUAUCAUAAUAUGGGUGAAGAGAAAAAAAAAAAGUCAAAAUAUGGCCAUGCUGUUGUCAGGCUUAUGUACUUAGAUGCAUCAGCUGUUAUUACUGUCAUCCUGUUAAUUGAAUGAUAAGAGAGUAAAACUUAAGCAUUUUUGUUCAAUUAUAGGCAGCUUUUCUCCUACCUGCUAUGUCUGGUAUACUGAACAGUGGAUUGGCCAGCAGUGAGCUGUCAGGCAUUCAAACUCCACAAGGUCUUUGUAUUUCUCCCACAAGAGAACUGGCUAGUCAAAUUUUUAAUGAAGCUCGAAAGUUUUCAUUGGGAACUAUGCUAAAGGCAGUGUGUAUUUAUGGAGGGGUCAGUGUUUCACAUCAUUUGCGACAAGUUCAACGUGGUUGUAACUUUCUAGUCGCUACGCCUGGGCGACUCAAGCAUUUUGUCGAACAAGGACAGGUGAGAGAACAUGUGAUGACCUGAUUAUUGAAAAAAAAAAAUGUAAUAAAUUGUAAUGAAAAGUUUGAAUCAUUUAUCCUUAUUUUGCUUGCAUAUAGGUGUAUUUAAGGAAUGAGGAGUGGGAAAUAUAGGCAGGGUGUGAGGAUCCUGGUUAAAACGCAAAGGGGAUGCCUGUCAUUACAGGAGAAGUAAAGCAGAACUAGUGCAGUCUUGAUUACUAAAGACACCUCAUGAUAAAUUUCUCAUGAUGCAUAACAUAAUUUGAUGUAUUUGGUUGUUUGUGUUUGGGUACUAGGUUUCCCUUGAGAAGGUUCAGUAUCUGAUUUUGGAUGAAGCAGACAGAAUGCUUGACAUGGGAUUUGAGGCAGACAUUCGGAAAAUUGUGGAGACACUGGGAAUGCCUGAAAAGACAGAGAGACAGACUCUCAUGUUCAGUGCAACUUUCCCUGAGGAAAUUCAACGCCUGGCUGGUGACUUCCUCAAUGAUUACUUGUUCUUGACAGUAGGAAGGGUUGGUGGUACAACAUCAGACAUUCAGCAGACAAUCUUGGAUGUGCCAGAAAAUCAGAAACGAGAAAAGUUGACUGAAUUACUCAGCUGCUCAGGUAAAGAUGCAAAAUCGAAACGAUGGAUACUCUAUUCUACUUUAUUAUUUUUUUUUGGCAGUAGUGAAGGGUUAAGAGUGUUAAUCAUUCAAAAAGUCUCAUUUGCACUGACUUGAAAGACUGUGAAAAAUAUUGCAUGAUGCACCUAACUGUUAACCACAAGGCAUUUGUGGAAAUAAGAAUUGUGUUAAAGAAAAUAAGCAAGUCUUAUUAGUGAUAAUGCACUAGUCUUAUUAGUGAUAUGUACUGUCUCUCUCACUCAACUCUGGAUGAUAAACGUAAUGUAAGGAACAUGUAACAGCUUGCAACAUGACUGCCAAAUGCAGAUCACCUGUAUCUUUUCAUCCUGACAUGACCACAGACUGGUCAUGGCUUGGAGCACUGUGAAAGUUGCCAUCAUUCUAGUAACCACAAUUUAUGUCCUAUUGCCAGGUACUGAUAGGACCCUUGUGUUUGUGGAAUCAAAGCGUGGAGCAGACUUUCUUGCAAGCUUGUUGUCGCAAGAAGGAUUUCCUACUACAAGUAUCCAUGGGUAAGUUGGAAAUCAAUUGAUAUAUGUAGUAUACUCAACCAGAAAAACAACUGGGAUGGUACUUAAGUCUUUUGGCUUUACACUUUACACCAUAAUCUACCUUUAGUAAAAUGCUGUUUUUAGUUUACAGACUGAAAAUGAAACUUGAUGAAUGCAUCAGAUUUUUUGAAGAAAGUUUUUUUAUUUUAAAGAGUCUAUUUUAAAUUUGGUCACAGUACCACCAAGAAAUGUGCAGUAAACAAUCUGCAAACUAGUGCAUGUUGUCAUCUGUGUUGAAUUUUUAUGGCCAAUUUCUUUGCUUUCCUCUAUGGGAGUUCAAAAAAUGUUGAAACAGAAAUAGUUACUUGAUGUGCUCUCCACCAAAUGUGGGCAAUAUGGUAUUUUUAUCAACAGUUCCUUAGACCCAGGGUUGGAGCUCAAGGAUUAUUGUACUCUUCAUCUGGCCAUACAACCAAAAGGGAAGCUGCCUUCUGAAAAAAAAUGUUUUGGUUAAAAUUCUAGAUCAACGCAACUCUGUUUAAUUCUUUCCAAAGGCUAAAACAUGCCAGAGCUGCCACGCUUUUCAACUAUUGCUUUAGAAUUUCUGUGAGGUGGUAGAGAUAGAUGAUUUUCACCCAAACCAAGGAUUAAGGAGAGAAAUUGUCUUUAUGGUCCAAACUACAUGGGGCUUCAAAGAAAAAAUUAAAUUUAUCGAAAGCUAUGUUCCCAGGUUUUCCAGAAACUUUCUAAACUGGAUCUGCAGUACUGAUUGUGAAAAAUUUUAGAAGGCAGUUUGUUUUGUUUUCAGUGAUCGCCUUCAGCAGGAAAGAGAGGAAGCUUUAAGGGACUUCAGGCUAGGCCGUUGUCCAGUUCUUAUUGCCACAAAUGUUGCUGCCCGUGGCUUGGACAUAGAUGAUGUUAGGCAUGUUGUCAACUAUGACUUGCCAAAUGAGAUUGAGGAGUUUGUACAUAGAAUUGGUAGAACAGGACGUAUUGGGCAUGAAGGAAAGGCUACAACUUUCUUCCAGAAAGGAAAAGACGAUAAAAUUGCUAGGGCACUUGUGAAAAUUCUGUCUGACGUAAGUACUGUCUUCUGCUUCAUGUUUCAUGAUUUUGUUUUGUCAUGUUUUGUUUAUUUGCAAUAUUAGUAAGUUGUUUCAUUUCAUGUAUGUUGAGUAGGACUUGAAAUUUAGCAGUUCUGUUAAAAACAAAUUUUAUGAUAAUACAUCCACCCAAAUGCUAAACAGCAUAAAUUUACCAUCCAGAGCAUAUCUUUGGUUAUCUGGCCACUUAGAGUGCAAAUUGUUUUUUAUUAUCCAGUGGAAGUCGGUCUUUUGUAAGUCAUCUGUCUACCUUAAAGGCAAACCUUUAUCAAGGCACCAUUUUUUUACCAAAAAUUAUGAAAUUAUCAUCUUAAUUAAUGUUUUAGUGGGUACAGUGUUGUACUCCAAGCUAUUCUGUGGUAAGCAUCUCGAAUCCAAAUUGAUGUAAAGUAGUUCUAUGUUAUGGCCUGAGUUGCUCUGAAGAGUUGUAAUUUCUUCUGACUUGCAUGUGUUCUUUGUAGGCUUCACAAGAGGUGCCAGAAUGGUUAGAGGAGAUUGCAGAGAGCGCAGUAGGCACGAGUUAUGGCCCAGCAGGAGGUCGUUUUGCAUCCAGAGACACCAGGAAACAGGUACAUUAAAAAAAAAUUUUGACAACUUCCCAUGGUUUUACCUUCGUGGAACAAUGAACUCUUUACACCAUAACAUCAGUAUGCAUAUUCUACAAACUUUUCUUUGCACAUUUGCUCUGAUGCUGAUAAGGAGAACUUCUUUAACAAUCGAGAGCUUCUUGAGUUGGUGAUGAUUUUUAUUAUUCAUGCGAGCUCAAUGAUUGUUGUAGGGGUGAUACUGCAAGGGGUCAAUGUUAGUUUCAAUGAUGCACCUCUGCCUCAAAGAAAUAAAAUGGCCCCAACUGCAGUAGUAUCUGAAAAUCUUUGUCUCACCUGCACAUGUAAAACAAAUUCAAAUUUUGUGUGCAAUGUUUAGAGUGAUCAUUGAGUACCUAUCCUAUCCAUGUUCUUGAGUUAUCAUACACCAAGAGAGAUUUUAACACAUGGUUAUUUGAAGAGCAAAGAGCAAGAUGUACAUUUUUAUUAUUACAUUAUAUCAAUUGUUUUUCACCUUUUUUUAGCCUCAGAAUGUUCUAGGUAAAUAAUGUCAUCAAGAUGUUAGGAGUUUCUUGUUUAUAUUCAGUGCAGUUUCCCACUGCAAACAGAGAUAAGUAGUUAGAAAUUCUAAUUUUUUGUAGCUUAGCAAUGUCUUAAACCUUUGUUUUGAUCUUUGUGGUAGUUUGGCAACAGUGAUGGCUGGGGAGGAGAGUGGAAUAGUGAGGAAGCUAAUACUCAAACCAGCCAGAUUAAUGGCACUGCUGCCUGGUCUUCAGCUGGUGGUACGGAGGAAGAAGAGUGGUGAUUUUGCAUCUUUGGAUUAUUUGCUAUUGUUCUGUUUCAUGCCAUCAAGUGGCAUGAUUACAGUUUUUACAUUGGUUACUUGGUUUCAGUUUAGCAUUAUUGAGAGUUUAUUGGAUUGGAUACAUGUACUUUACCUUAGCGUUGUUGAGCUGAACUAUAAUGGAUUGGAGUUACAUACUAUUGACAACAGCUGGUGUCAUGCCUUGGCUGAAAGAUGAGGGGAAUAAAGACUACUGCAAUUAUUUCUUACAUCACAGUGAACCAGCAUGUGUGAUGGAACAAGGGUAAUUGAAAAAUAUGAUCACUGGAUUCAUCAGAGCUGGACAUCUUCUGUUAAGUUCCAAACUGCUCAUCUCUUUUGUUGUGCAAUUGUUUUGGAACAUUGAUAGUUAACAGAGUUGUCAUUUUAUGAAAAGUGAACCCACUUCACCAGAAGACUACAUGUAGCUUUUACAUGCUGCAGUCUGUGAUGCACCUGUCUGGACUGAUUACUACCUACACUUUACAAAGGAGAAACAAAACUGAGAUUUCACACAGGACAAAACAUGCCACAGCUGCAAUGCAGGGUAUUAGAUCAAGGAAGUUGAUGGCAGGGAAAACUGUCAUUAACUAGAAAUGAUUAUGAGUUAGUCAUUUGGAUCAAAACCAGCCUAGACUUGCCAUCAAGGCUUUACAAGAGACUUGGCGGCAGUGUAGCCUGUUAGUGAUUUUUUUUGCGUGCAGUCAUGGGGCAUUGUUUUUGCACUGUGCUCAUCUUGAUAUUCAUCAACUGCUAUGAUGCAGUAGCAUUGAAUGUACAAUGACCAACUAUUUUCUUGGAGCCUGCUUCUAAUUAAAAUUGCAGCCAAGGAGCAAUAAUUUUUUAAACUACUUGAAAGCUGUGUCUCCACAUGAACCUAAGAAUGGAUCUUCCUGGGGUGGAGACACUGUACCAUCUACUUCCAUGGACAGUGAGAAAACAAGAACUAUGGCCCUGUAAUGCAUCAACCCUUGGAAUCACCAGGUAUUUUAUUUGCCAAGUGAGGAGAAAUUGUUAAAUCCUAUGAAAUCCAAGUUAUUGUAGUGUGGUAUCAGAAAGGAGUCUUUCAAACAAAUGGGCUUCAUUCUCCUUGGAACCGAUCCAGAUAAAAACCAUUUUAAUGCUGGAGAGUAUUUGGGUUGUUGCAUUUUCCUGCCUUUGGGUUUGGGUGAAAUUAUUUGCUAUUUGUGCUCAACUUUACAAAGAGGUAGGUCUUGUAUUACUAACUGAAAGUCCUCUCACAAGGGGCUGGUGACAAAAAAGUGAAACUUAUUGAAAAAAAUGCUGUGAUUGCCCACAACAAAAUAGCAGCUUUUGUGGUGUGCUGUACACAAUUGACAAUUAACAUUGACUUGAACCCAAGAAGCUUCAAGAUAGAUUGGAGAAAUGCAAUGGCAAGCUAUCAAAGCUCAUGGAGUGUGAUGAUUCGUCAAUGGACAUGACUAAAACUUGAUGCAUUGUUCAGCAUCUUGCUCUUGAAGCCCUACAUUUGCUCACGACAUGUUAGUACUAUUUGAUUGGUUGCAGGGCUUCAACCCAAACUUUUUUAAGUAAGUGGUACAUGUUUACAUUUAGCUUUUAAGAAACUGUAGAUUUGUUAUAGUUGAGUCAUAAAUAACAUUAUUUUGAGCCUAAAGGCACAUAAUUUUGAAGCAAACCAUAG